GUGACGUCGUUGAGGGGGAGGAGGCCAUCGGGCUUUCGGUUCAAUUCCGUUCAAUUCCAUUAAUUGUUGAUUCGUAACGUGGAUUCUGGAUGCGUUGCUGGUCGCUGGUUGAGUGGUUCUAUGUAGAUCUGGGUGAUUAUGGUGGGUAGGUUUUUUUGGGUUCUCGAAUUGUGGUGUUCGAGGUGGUUCAUGAAAUUCGAGGCGAUAGUUUGGUUUUGAUUGUGGGAUUGGAGUAUUGGAGGAUUGGAGCUCGUCAGUUAGAAACAUGGGGAAUGCGAGCAGCACUGAGGACACGAGUGAGGCGUUUGUAAUCGCGUCCAAGAAGUUCAGUGAAUCGGAGUUGCGAGACCUGAAGAAGCUGUUUGUUUCUCUGGCUUAUCAGUCCAAAAGCGGUGGCAAAUACGUAAUAGCUUCCGUUUUUCAGGCAUAUUUUGGCAUCCAUGGUUCGUUGGGAGGGCGGUUAUUUAAUCUUAUUACUCAGGAGCGGGAAAACAUGUGUCUCUACUAUGAAGACCUGGUUAUUGCAAAGGGGUUGUACGAGAAAGGUGCACCGGAUGAAGUUGAAAACUUCAUGUACCAACUAGUGGAUUUAAGUGGAGAUGGACAUACUCAAAGGGCAGAGGUGGAAGGGGUCAUUUUAUCUAUAUUGCAGACAGUGUUAGGUCCCAGUAAUGCAGUGACGGGUGCAGGCUUAUCAGAGGGCAGUCUGCAGUCUUUCCUUCAGGCAGCAAGCUUUACAGAAGAUGUGGAGGGUGAGGCUGCACCCUGCAUGUCUCUUGAGGACUUUCGCAAGUGGUGUGCAUCUGUUCCAUCCAUCAAGAAAUUCUUGACGUCACUCCUCAAAGGACCUGCCCCAGGAUUGCCGGGGCGACUCGUUCCAGAGCUUUUAAUGCCAGACAAGAUGGGCCAGCUACAACCAGUGAUGAGGAAGGAGUAUGCUUGGCAUCUUGCGGGAGUUAUGCAAUCACAAGAAGCCGUUCAGUGGGUUCUUGUUUAUCACAGUUCCGCUCAUGGCCUCAGCUUCAAUACAUUUUUAGGCAAGCUUGCGAUCGUGCAAGGGCCAUCAGUGCUGGUAGUGAAAGACAAGCAGGGUUGUGUGUAUGGAGGUUACGCUUCUCAGCCUUGGGAAAAGCAUAGCGACUUCUACGGAGACAUGAAGUCUUUCCUCUUUACUCUCCACCCAAAGGCUGCUAUAUACCGACCAACUGGGAAGAAUACGAACUUGCAAUGGUGUGCAGCAAAUUUUUCAUCGGAGAGCAUUCCAAACGGUGUCGGGUUUGGUGGCCAAGUCCACCACUUUGGUCUCUUCAUAAACGCGGCUUUUGAAGGAGGUCAUACCAGGCAUUCAGUAACAUAUAACAACCCACCUUUAUCGUCCCAGUCGAACAUUCUGCCUGACGUUGUUGAAUGCUGGGCAGUGGUUGUCAAAACAGACGACAAUACUUCCAACGGAGCUUCUGGUCUGCAGGGCACUGUUCUGGAGCGAUUCAAGGAAGAUCGACAAAUGCUUAACAUGGUGGGAAUUGCAGGAGCAAGUAUGGAUUGACAUUUUCUGAGCUUUAUAAAUACUUGCUCAUAUCAUUUGUGUAUUAAAUUGUUUUCUUUUGGUUGAGGAUGAAGAAGGUGCAAAUUUACCUCUUUUUGGUAGUGAUGUGCCACGCAACGAAAUGUACUAUGGACUGCAAAAUCAAUGCUUAUUACCAAAUUGUGAUACAUUAUAUACAUAUUAUGUUUCAGCGGUCA